UCGUUUUGUCUUUUCUAUAAACACAACCUAGCUCAGUCAAAUAAAUAUCUCUCAGCAAGAAACAUGAGAUUAUUCUCUCCCGUGUUGGUGUCUCUCUUCUUAUUACUUUCAGCUCUAUGUUCAGCCACCGUGGAAAACGCGGCGGACUGUGUGGCCGUUGGAACGCUGAUAUCCUCAUGCACUGAGUUUGUGAAUUACGGCUACCCGGAUCCUAUACCCGGUUCAAGCUGCUGCGACGCCAUGACACUCCUCGGAACUUACUCUGAUUCUUCUGUCAAGAGAAUGUGGCUCUGUAACUGCUUCAUUGAUCUCAUCAAUGUCUAUAACUCAAACGCCACAGCCAUCUCUACCUUGUCUGGCUUCUGCGGCAUCGUUUUGGGCUUCACCAUCGACCCUAACACCGACUGCAACUUCAUUCAGUGAAGGCAAGGGACAAGACUUUUGGAGGUUCGGUGUUGUGGAUCAAACUGAACAGAUUGUUUAUGAUGUAUUAAACUCAUACUUCUUGUCUUGUUAAAAAACAGUUAACGAACAUUACAUCGGUUAGUUUAGAGUUCGGUUUUGAUUGAACAUUUAAUCAAGUAACAUAAAAGAACAGAGUUGUGUUCCUUCUUAUGCAAGCAAUCGAAACUUGUUAAAAAAAAAAAAACAGUGAAAUUUACACAUCAAAUACCAUAAAUAUCUAAACAAGAAACGAAGAACGCAUCCUUGU